AUGAGCAAUCUACGCGCUCAAAAGCGUCUGGCCUCGGCUGUAUUCGGUUGUGGAAAAAAAAAGAUUUGGCUAGAUCCCAAUGAAACUGCAACCAUUCAAAAUGCCAACUCGCGUAAAAUGAUACGAAAGUUGUUUAAAGAUAACUUGAUUAUUCGCAAACCUGUGACAGUCCAUUCUCGUUCUCGAUGCCGAAAAAACUUGAUUGCACGUAGAAAAGGUCGUCACUCGGGAACGGGUAAAAGAAAAGGUACAGCAGAUGCGCGUAUGCCUCAAAAGGUCCUGUGGAUGAGGCGAAUGAGAGUUCUUAGGCGUUUACUUAAGCGGUAUAGAGAAGCUCACAAAAUCGAUAAACAUCUGUACCACUUAUUAUAUCAACAAUGCAAAGGGAAUCAAUUUAAAAAUAAAAGGGUUCUCAUUGAUCAUAUUCACAAGAAAAAGGCAGAACGUCUCCGAGCAAAACAACUCAGUGAUCAGGCAGAAGCAUUGCGUCAAAGGAAGCGUGAGUCCCGGAUAAACCGUCAGCACAGGCUCGAAGAGCGAAAAAAGGCCGUGAUUGAGAGCUUUAAUACAGCUGUUGCUAAAUCCACAACUCCAGUCGCUCAAAAGCCCACCCCUUCAGUGGAAACUAAACCUAAGGUAGAAGUCAAGCCAGCUCCGGCCCCUGCACCAGCCCCAGUAGUUACACCGACGUCUCAACCGUCUGUUGAAAAGGUAGAAGUCCCAACAAAACCUGCACCUCUCAAAGUGUCGAAAGUUGCACCACCACCGAAAAUCCCAACUGCAAAAACUCCUGCAGCUCCACCUAAAAUACCUGAGCCUGGUUCAGCCAAGUCAACGUCUUCUAAAAAACCUGCCAAGCGUUAGUGUGAAAUAGAUUUCAAAAUGUCCUACUUGACGACAACAAUAAUUUAUGACUACCAGUAAUUAGAAUUAUGAUUUCUUUAAUGGGAAUAAAAAAUAAACUCAUAAGAACUGAGGGUUCUUACACCAUUUCAGUAGUAUGUUUGUGUACACUUUUUAUACCGAGAAAACAUACAAACAAACAAACAUGCUAAUAACUUAUUCAAUAAUGUUGACAAAUCGGAUUAUGAUUUACACGAUUAUUUUCGUUAUUAAUGACUUAUUUACUUAUGCUUGUUACUCCCAAUAGAGGAUAGACCCGCUGACCAGCAUUCUUUAACAAACUUUAUUCUGGGUAUUCUAUUCUAGUUCUAUUCAAUGAUUGUUCAUUCUUCUUCUUCUCAUGUUUGUCUGUUUCUAUUCCUCGAUGUAAUGUGUUCUUUGGUC